GAUACCCUACUAUGAUAGGAAUCUUUGGAACCAAAUAAACACAAAUUCCAAGCCUGCAAGACUUGUCUUCAUACACACCGCGUCCUCUAUGAACUUCUUUGUUGUGCUCAGCUCACACACACACAUACACAAAAGAACAGGCAGGCUUUUUCUGCGAAAGAGAGAAGAUGUUUGGGAAACUUGAGCAUGAGCUAGAGCUUCAUGUGCCGGCGAUUGAGGCAUGGGAUCUCUUUGGUGGGCUUGGAAUAGGAAAACUUGUUGAGCAAGAGCUCCCCCAAAUGUUUCAGAAGGUGGAGCUUAUCGAAGGAGAUGGAGGGCUUGGCACUGUCCUCAAACUUACAUUUUCCCCAGGUUUGCCUGGACCUGCUUGUUACAAGGAGAAGUUCACCAAGAUUGAUAAUGAGAAACGCAUCAAAGAAGCAGAGGUAAUUGAAGGAGGGUACUUAGAGUUAGGAUUCACUUUAUAUAGAGUUCUCUUUGAAGUAACAGAGAAAGGUGAAGAUUCGAGCAUAAUCAAAUCUACAAUUGAGUAUGAACUCAAGGAAGAGGACGCAGCUAAUACCUCACUUGUUUCCAUCCAGCCACUCGCAAUCAUUGCAGAACUUGCCAAGAAUUAUCUCAUAAAAAACAAGGCUGCCAAAGAAGCAAAGUAAUCAUUUUAAUUCCCAAUAAUACUAGAGAAAUGAAACCUCUAUGUCAUGUGACUUUGCCUAGUUCAAGAAUAAAAUGACCGAGUUGCUUUGCUUCC